GAGGGCAUGCUCCCUCGCGACCUUCCCAAGCGGACCGCCUACUACGACCCCGUCGCCGAACGCCAGAUGACCCAGACCGACGCCAAGCUGUUCUACCAAAGAAGCCAGAGGGCGGAUGGGAGCAAUUGGGGCCAGUCGCAAGCCACAGCCCCUGGUAGCCCAGUCAUCUCGGCAGGACAAGGACUGGCACACGCACAGGUGCAAUCUCAACACGCGGCUCACUCUCACACGGCCGUACACAGCCACCAAUCUUACGCCGCCAAUGGACAUCUCGGUCCCAACUCCAUGUCCUUGCCCCCCGCUGGUCCUACCAGAGGCCUCAGCUACAACAAGCUGCCCGACGUCGGCGGCAUGACUGUCAGAAAUGUUGAUCUGGGAUCUUCAAAUGACCUCGUCCAGCCCGACAUGAGUCUGCCAGAUGCCGGUCCAGUUCCUAUUGGCAAUGACUUCGAAGAUACCGACCCUCACAUCGCCGCUGAACUGAGCUCCAUCUUCGCCAACAUCCAGAAGUGUCUUGACAUUCGUCACAAGUAUAUCCGCCUUUCCCUUCAGAGGGACGGCGACAACCCGAAAGAUGAUCCUAGCUGGGACGUAUACCCUCCGCCUCCUGAGCCGGCGUGGCAUGGACCUCGUGCCGCACAAGCGACCGGAAGCAAUAGCCUGAGUAGCAGCAUGGUGUUGCCCUCAAAGCCCGACCAAGAACGGCCAACAAAUGAAGCCACCGCCGAGACACCGAGGAAGAGAACGUCGAAAAAACGCAAGCCCGGGCAUGAUGUCGGCCAAGAUUUCGACAUGGAAGAUAUCCUUCCACUUCCCUCUCCCAGUGAAUAUACCUUCCGGCUGGAUGAGAACGGCGUCUACCAAGUCUUCGAGAAUGAUGGGGCCGACAAAACCAAUAGCCCCAUUGUCAGCGUGCCGACCAUCAAGGACUUCUACGUGGAUUUGGAGACCAUCCUGACCAUCUCGUCCGACGGGCCCAGCAAGAGUUUUGCCUUCCGAAGAUUGCAAUACCUCGAAGGCAAAUUCAACCUUUACGUGCUCUUGAACGAAUACCAGGAGACAGCUGAUAGCAAGAAGGUGCCGCAUCGAGACUUUUACAACGUAAGAAAGGUUGAUACACACGUUCACCACUCUGCUUGCAUGAACCAGAAACAUCUGUUACGCUUCAUCAAGAGCAAGAUGAAGAAGUGUCCAGACGAGCCGGUGCUGUUCAGAGACGGCAAGCUGCUCACACUAGCUGAGGUCUUUGAGAGUAUCAACUUGACUGCUUAUGAUCUGAGUAUCGACACGCUCGAUAUGCAUGCUCAUGUGGACUCGUUUCACCGCUUCGACAAAUUCAAUCUCAAAUACAAUCCUGUCGGCGAGAGUCGUCUGAGAACCAUUUUCUUGAAGACCGACAACCAUAUCCAAGGUAGAUAUCUAGCAGAGAUCACUCAGCAGGUCAUCGCGGAUCUCGAGUCUAGCAAAUACCAGAUGGUCGAGUGGCGAAUCUCGAUUUAUGGCAGGUCGCUAGAUGAAUGGGACAAGCUUGCGGCAUGGGUCGUGGACAACAAGUUGUUCUCUCACAACGUGCGGUGGCUCAUUCAGAUCCCACGCCUGUACGACGUGUACAAGGCCACCGGAGCAAUGGAAAGCUUCGAGCAGGUCAUAAAGAAUAUUUUCCAACCCCUAUUUGAAGUGACCAAAGAUCCGGCGAGCCACCCAAAGCUACAUGUCUUCCUCCAGAGAGUCAUUGGAUUUGACAGUGUUGAUGACGAGAGUAAGGUGGAGCGCCGCUUGUUCAAGAAGUACCCUGUACCGAACGAAUGGCAAUCGAAACAGAACCCUCCAUACAGCUACUGGAUCUACUACUUGUUUGCCAACAUGACUUCGCUCAACUUCUGGCGGCGGCAGCGUGGCUUCAGCACCUUCCUUCUGCGGCCUCACUGUGGUGAAGCAGGAGAUAGCGAACAUCUUGCCGUCGCUCUGUUGUGUAGCCAUAGCAUUAGUCACGGCCUACUCCUGAGGAAAGUGCCGCUGCUCCAGUACCUCUUUUACCUCGAACAGAUCGGUAUUGCCAUGUCUCCUCUCAGCAACAAUGCUCUCUUCCUUGCUUACGAGAGGAACCCCUUCCAUCAAUACUUCAAGCGCGGCCUGAACGUCUCUCUAUCUACUGACGACCCGUUGCAGUUUGCCUUCACCAAGGAGCCUCUAAUCGAGGAGUAUGCAGUCGCGGCGCAGAUCUACAAACUCGGCCCGGUGGACAUGUGUGAACUUGCAAAGAACUCCGUGAAGCAAAGCGGCUAUGAAUACUCAAUCAAGCAGCAAUGGUUAGGAGACAACUUCCACCUUCCGGGUAGAGCAGGAAACAAAAUGGUCAAGACGAACAUACCCGAUCGCAGGGAAGAGUUUCGGCACCACACGUGGGUAGAAGAACAUCAUAUGUAA